UUUAUUCAAGGUUACCUAUUAUGCCACAGCGUGUGUAAGUCUCCAAAUUUCCGACUGCAGGGAAGAACCUGAUAAGAAUCUUUCAUGUGGACGCCGAGAUGCAUGCCAGCACUGUCGUAAAGAAAAAAAAUACGGCACUCCGCCCUCAAACGUAUUCCAACCAUUCAGACGGGAAAAUGGCUGCUUCGUUGAUUUGCAGUGAGACCGUAAGCAGGGUGAGUUCUGUACUGAACAGAGAUGUCAAACAGUUCGGGAAGAAGUUUAUGUUUGACUCAAAUGAAGAGACGUGCUGGAACUCUGAUCAGGGCGGUACUCAAUGGGUGGUCCUGGAGUUUCCUCAGCCAGUUAAGGUCUCUGAAGUCAAGAUUCAGUUCCAAGGAGGAUUUUCAGGAAAAACUUGCAGAUUGGAAGGGUGUAUGAAAGAAGGAGAAUUUGAAAAGUUAUCAGAUUUUUAUCCAGAAGACAAUAACUCCAUGCAGGUCUUUCCCAUUCAGGAAGCCCCCUUGGCACAAAAAGUAAAAAUAUUUUUUGAGAACAGUACGGACUUCUUUGGGAGAAUAAUUGUUUAUUCCUUGGAUAUCCUGGGAGAAAGAGCUUGACUGUGUUUGCUUUUCCGGAGAGAGGGAGUGGGACCAAGAUGAUGGAGGAGCAGCACAGCAUGAUCCAAGCACUGUGAGAUGUGUCCUCCUAUCCGCUCCUGUGCAAAAACAACCAACUGGGCCUUUUAUGGAAAGGACAGACCUGACUGACUCACUGCUUUUAUUACAUUACAUUUUAUCUACCCCUCCCUCCCCCUCUAUUUUUUUGUAAACCGAUGAGAAUUUUCUUGAGUGUGACUGACUGUCUUACAGGUAUGUGCCUUAAUUAUAGUAAAUAACAUUUUUAAGAAUCUGAAAAGAUAAAAACAAUAUUAAAACAAUAAUUGCAGUACAUAUUCAGGUAGCUAUGGCUGUUCUUGUUUCUUGUGAUGGAUUGGCGACCUGUCCAAUGCAUGCUGGGAUAGGCUCCAGCCCUCCCACAGCCCUGACCAGGAAUCAGAGAGUCAGAUGAACGAUGGAUGGAUGUUCUUGUUCCUGCUUUUUCUAAUUUCACAUCAUAACUCCAUUAU